AUUACAAGCGCUACCACUACUUCAACUUCAACUAAUAUUAUCCCAUAUUCCAUGGCGGUUCUAGCUACAACUGCUUCAAGUGUAAUCUUCAGGAAUUCUUAUCACAUUUGAUGUUGUUUAACUAUUGACUCCGUCAUCAUUGAUUUUUAUCUAGUCUGUUUUAACAUUUGUUUACAAAUGUUGAAACAGUUACAAAUGGGCAUUCGUGCUUUUCUUUUAUUCGCAUCAAAGAUAUGGAAUUUUAUUUGUUUUGUAUUUAGAAAGCAAGUAAGAACGGUCAUCCAGCAUCAAACUGUAAAGUAUGAUGUAUUACCUCUUUCGCCUUUGUCCAAGCAUAGAUUAAGUUUGGUCAAACGCAAGAUUCUAGUCUUAGAUCUUGAUGAGACGUUGAUUCACUCGCACCAUGAUGGGGUAAUUAGACAAAUGGUUAAGCCUGGCACACCUCCGGAUUUCGUUUUAAAGGUUACCAUUGACCGCCACCCUGUGAGAUUCUUUGUUCAUAAAAGGCCUCAUGUGGAUUUUUUUUUAGACAUGGUAAGCAAGUGGUAUGACUUAGUGAUUUUUACUGCAAGUAUGGAAAUCUAUGGUGCAGCAGUGGCUGAUAAAUUAGAUAAUAAUCGUGGCAUCCUUAAUAAAAGAUAUUACAGACAGCAUUGCUGUGUACGCUAUGGCAGCUUUAAUAAAGACUUAUCUGCAAUUACUCAGGAUCUUUCCAGUAUAUUUAUAUUAGAUAAUUCACCUGGAGCGUAUCGUGCAUAUCCAGAUAAUGCUAUUCCAAUAAAAUCAUGGUUUUGUGAUGCAAGUGAUACUGCACUUUUAAACCUUUUACCAAUGCUGGAUGCCCUAAGAUUUACUAGUGAUGCAAGAUCAGUUUUAAGUCGCAAUCUACAUCUUCAUGGUUUGUAAAUAAAUAUUAUAUUAAUGAGGAAAUACAAUUUUACUGCCAAUAUUGUACCACUUUCAAUCAUGAAGCCUGCGGCUGCAGUACAGCACAAAGCUCAGUUGAUUUGCUGAGAGUUUUAUUUUCAUCUUUCACAAUCAUAGUAAUUCCUGAAAACUAAAAGAUUUGGCAUUGGACAUGUACAUAUAGAGCUCUCUUUCUCUCUCUGUAAAAUAUUUAAAUUAUAUUCCCAAUCGCAGUUAGUAACCAACAAUGUUGGAUGUGUUAUUAAUUUAUUUAAAUUAAGCUGGAUAUGCUAUCACUAUUUUUUGAAUCAGUAUGGUUUAGUAAAAAUUAACUUAUAAGGAUUUUUUUUUUUUUUAUUAAUAUUAUGGUUGAAAUUUAACUAUAUUUUUCUUCUUAUACAUCUUUACUCUAAUGUGAUUGUGGAUUGAGAACAGCGUGAGUUAGAAGUUGUAGAUUAUUUUGUAUAAACUAUUUCAAAAAUAAAGUUUGAAUAUUUAAAAAAAAAAA